AUGUCGAAAAGAGCGGCAGAGGACGAUGAGCAAACUACUCCCGGAGCCCUGAAGAGUGGCGAGAGGCCUGUCGAAGACACCGGUGUACCAGAAGGCCAGGAGUUCGAAGACGAAUUCGAAGAUGAAUUUGAGAGCGAGGACGAGGAUGAGAUUCUGGAGGCGGGCGUCGAUGGGAGACCGGACGAGGAGCGAGAGGCUGAGGAGCGGGCGAAUGGGUCGAUGGAAGUAGACCAACAGACCUUCAUACCUGGACGACACAAGCUGGAUGCCGGCCAAACAUUAGCACCCGAUCUGUCAACAUACGAGAUGCUCCACACCCUUGAACCAACCUGGCCAUGUCUGUCGUUUGAUAUAUUAAAAGACAGCUUAGGAGACAACCGAAAAUCCUACCCAGCAACCGUCUACGCCGUCGGAGGCACUCAAGCAGCUCAAGCCCGAGCAAAAGAGAACCAAAUAAUGGUCAUGAAGCUCUCUGGCCUCUCACGCAACGACCAAGCUGCACAACUAAACUCCGACUCCGAAGACGACGAUGACGAUGAAGAAACAGCCGACCCCAUCCUCGAAACCAAAUCCAUCCCCCUAACCUCAACCACUAACCGUAUCCGUGCCCACCAAUCCCCGCCCUCAACCUCCUCCUCACCCGCCACAUCCAUCACAGCCGCCAUGCAAGAAUCCGGCGACGUCCUCAUCCACGACAUCACCCCCUACCUCCAGGCCUUCGACACUCCAGGCUACCAACUGCCCACCAACGCCUCCAAACCCCUCUCCACCAUCCGCGCGCACAAGAAGAACGAAGGCUACGCCCUCGACUGGUCCCCCCUCGUCCCCGGCGGCAAACUCCUCACCGGCGACACAGCAGGCAACAUCUUCACCACGACGCGCACCGAAGGCGGCGGCUUCGUCACCGACACCACCCCUUACACCGGCCACACCAGCAGCGUCGAAGAACUCCAAUGGUCGCCCAACGAACGCAACGUCUUCGCCUCCGCUUCUGCAGACUCCACGGUCAAGAUCUGGGACGCGCGGGCUAGAGACCGCAAACCCGCCAUCUCGGUCAAAGUCUCCUCCACCGACGCCAACGUCCUCAGCUGGUCGAAACAAACCCCUCACCUUUUGGCCUCCGGCCACGACGACGGCAGCUGGUCCGUCUGGGACCUGCGGCAGUGGAAAAGCCAAUCUUCCGCCGACGCGAGUAAGCCAGUCGCGCACUUUGACUUCCACAAGGAGCAGAUCACGUCGCUGGAAUGGCAUCCGAGCGACGACAGCAUCGUGUCCGUCUGCGCGGGGGAUAACACGCUUACGCUCUGGGAUUUGGCGGUGGAGUUGGAUGAUGAGGAGAGCAGGUACACGGCGGAUGUCAAGGAUGUGCCGCCGCAGUUGUUGUUCGUGCAUUUUAUGGACGGGGUGAAAGAGUCGCAUUGGCAUCCGCAGAUGCCGGGGCAGGUGAUGGCGACGGGGGGGAGUGGGUUUGGGGUGUUUAAGACGAUUAGUGUAUAG